AUGCAAUUCCGCAGCUUCAUUGCCCUUCUUGCUCUGACGGCCUUGGUCGGCGCCGUCCCUACCCCUCUUGCAGAAGGCGACGAAAUCGCCAAGGGGGAUUUAGCGACGCUUUCAGGCGACGAGGCGACCAAGGUCGACACUGCGCCGGAUCCAGAAUGGUCAUGCAGCAUCACAUUUCAUUACUGCAGCUGA